AUGGAGGCGAUCGCCAGUCAGAUGGGAAAUGGGAGAGAUGCAAGCUCCUCCCCAAAUUCAAAGCAAGAGCUGCAGCCGUACCAGGGCUCCAAUACCCUCAAGCCCAACCAAGUGGGUGAGACCUCCCUGUACGGCGUGCCCAUCGUGUCCCUGGUCAUCGACGGGCAGGAGCGGCUGUGCCUGGCGCAGAUCUCCAACACGCUGCUCAAGAACUACAGCUACAAUGAGAUCCACAACCGGCGCGUGGCCCUGGGCAUCACCUGCGUGCAGUGCACGCCGGUGCAGCUGGAGAUCCUGCGGCGGGCCGGGGCCAUGCCCAUCUCCUCCCGCCGCUGCGGCAUGAUCACCAAGCGGGAGGCGGAGCGGCUCUGCAAGUCCUUCCUGGGCGAGCACAAGCCGCCCAAGCUGCCCGAGAACUUCGCCUUCGACGUGGUGCACGAGUGCGCCUGGGGCUCCCGGGGCAGCUUCAUCCCGGCGCGCUACAACAGCUCCCGCGCCAAGUGCAUCAAGUGCAGCUACUGCAGCAUGUACUUCUCGCCCAACAAGUUCAUCUUCCAUUCCCACCGCACCCCGGACUCCAAGUACACCCAGCCCGACGCCGCCAACUUCAAUUCCUGGCGCCGCCACCUCAAGCUCAGCGACAAGACGGCCACGGAGGAGCUGUCGCACGCCUGGGAGGAUGUCAAGGCCAUGUUCAACGGCGGCACCCGCAAGCGGACCUUCUCCCUGCAAGGGGCGGCCGCCGGCGGGCCCGGGGCCGGCUCCCCCGCCGCCAAGGCCGCCCUGCACCCGCCGCCGCCCGCCGGCCCCGAGCUGGCCCCGGCGCACAAGAGCCUCCGGUGCAGCGGGCAGGAGGCGGCGGGCGAGCGCGGCGCGCUGGGGCUGGCGGCGGCGGCGGCGCACGGCGGGGCCGCGGGCGCGCACGGCGGGGCGGGCGCGGUGCGCAGCUACCCGGUGAUCCCGGUGCCCAGCAAGGGCUUCGGGAUGCUGCAGAAGCUGCCGCCGCCGCUCUUCCCGCACCCCUACGGCUUCCCGGCCGCCGCGUUCGGACUGUGCCCCAAGAAGCAGGAGGAGGCGCUGGGCGGCGCGGGGGGCGGCGAGGCGGGCAAGGGCGGCGCGCUGCCCCCCGGCAUGUUCUGGGGACCCCCGCACCCCCACCCGCACCAGCCGGCCCAGCCGCCGCACCAGCCCGGCGCCGCCAAGGACGCCGGCGUGUACCCCUCGUUCCCCGUGUUCUGGCCGGCCGCCGGCAGCCUGCCCGUGCCGCCCUACCCCGCGCAGAGCCCGGCCAAGGCGGCCGCCACGGCCGUGGUGGUGGCGGCGGCGGCAGCGGCGGCGGCGGCGGCGGCCGAGCCGGCGGGGCUGGCGGGGCGGCACGGGGAGCUGGAGGGCUCGGAGCCCUCGGGCAGCGGCCGGAGCAGCGCCACCCCGCAGGAGGGCGCGGGCGCCGAGGGCGAGCGCUGCCCCAGCGCCCUGUCGCGGGCGGCGGGCGAGGAGGAGCGCUCCGGGGACGAGGCGCUGCUGGCGCCGCUGCCGCUGCCCAGGAAGGGCAGCUACCUGUCCGCCUUCCGCCCGGUGGUGAAGGACGCCGAGAGCAUCGCCAAGCUCUACGGCACCCGCGAGGCGUUCGGCGGCGCGGGGCCCCGCGGCCCCGGUUACCUCUCGCCGGACUUCCUCAGCGAGGGCAGCUCCAGCUACCGCUCGCUGUCCCCCGGCGGCGACACGGCCGAGGAGCCCGAGGUGGACGUGGAGUCCAACCGCUUCCCGGAGGACGAGGAGGAGGAAGGCGCCGCCGUGCCCGCCGUGGGCCCCGCCGAGGGCCGGGAGCCGCCGCCGCCGCGGCUGCUGGCCGGGCCCGAGGAGCCGCCGCCGCCCGCCGGGGCCGAGGGGCCCGAGGAGAAGGCGGGCGAGGCGGGCGCGCAGGAGGGCGGCCCGGGCCCCGACGGCAGCCCCGAGCGCAGCGGCAGCAGCGGCGCCUACGAGGUGUUCGCGGCCGAGAGGGGGGAGCUCCUGCAGCCGCUGAAGCCCGCAGCGUCCCUGGCAGCCCCCGCCGCCUUCCUGUGCGCCCCCGAGGCCAAGGAGCAAGAUAAAGAAGACAAUCACUCCGCGGCGGAGGAUUUAGAGAGCAGAAAAUCCUAUCAGGACCAAAGGAAUGUCUCUCAUGCCAGCCCUGUAAAUACCGACAGAGGCGAGGAGGGGCUCGCCAUGGAUGUCACCGGGACGCAGCUGGUGGAGAAGGACAUCGAGAACCUGGCCCGAGAUGAGUUACAAAAACUGGUCCUGGAGCAAAUGGAGCUGAGGAAAAAGCUGGAGAGGGACUUCCAGAGCCUGAAAGAUAACUUCCAGGACCAGAUGAAGCGGGAGCUGGCGUACCGGGAGGAGAUGGUGCAGCAGCUGCAGAUCGUGCGAGACACGCUGUGCAACGAGCUGGACCAGGAGCGGAAAGCGCGCUACGCCAUCCAGCAGAAGUUGAAAGAGGCUCACGACGCGCUGCACCACUUCUCCUGCAAGAUGCUGACCCCGCGGCACUGCAGCGGGAACUGCUCCUUCAAGCCGCCGCUGCUGCCCCAGUGA